AUGGAGCAAGAGAGUAAGGAGAAGCUGGCAUCUGUGUCCAGUCUGGUGACUGUGUUUGAGAACAGCAGGACUCCAGGAGCAGCAAUCAAAGUCUCCAAACUGGAGGCUGAACGUCACCUCCCCGGGUACAGCCUUACCCCGUCUGCAGAACCAUGGAAGGAGUCCCACGUUGGGGAGAGCCUGGGGUCUGAGCCCAGGACAGUCAGCAGGAGGUACCUGAACUCCCUGAAGAACAAGCUGUCCAGUGGAGCCUGGAGGAAAUCUUGCCAGCCCGAGAUCCACCCUGGGCCAGGGACGCAGAUGCCAGAGGAAAAGAGAAUCGUCCAGGAACUACUGGAGACAGAGAAGGCCUAUGUGGCACGCCUCCAUCUGCUAGACCAGGUCAGUGGCCAGAAUACCACCUCGUCCUGCCCUGAGCCCCAGCACCCAGGUCUCCUCACCCCGCCCCUGCUCUGCCUUCUGUACACCUCACCAGAGCUGAGAGGUAGGGUCUGGGAUUGGACAGCCACCCCCCGCAUCGGCGACGUGAUCCAGAAACUGGCCCCGUUCCUGAAGAUGUACAGUGAGUAUGUCAAGAACUUUGAGCGAGCCGCCGAGCUUCUGGCCACCUGGACUGACAAGUCUGCACCCUUCCAGGAGGUGAUCACCCGCAUCCAGAGCAGCGAGGCCUCCGGCAGCCUGACUCUGCAGCACCACAUGCUGGAACCUGUGCAGAGAAUCCCACGCUACGAGCUGCUGCUCAAGGAAUACAUCCAGAAGCUGCCAGCCCAGGCCCCAGACCGGGCAGAUGCUCAGAAAGCGCUCGACAUGAUCUUCUCAGCCGCUCAGCACUCCAACUCAGCCAUCACUGAGAUGGAGCGGCUACAGGACCUGUGGGAAGUGUACCAGCGCCUGGGCCUCGAGGAUGACAUAGUAGACCCCUCCAACACGUUGCUCCGUGAAGGCCCUGUCCUCAAGAUCUCCUUUCGCCGCAGCGACCCCAUGGAGCGCUACCUUUUCUUGUUCAACAACAUGCUGCUGUACUGUGUGCCCAAGGUCAUCCAGGUGGGCGCCCACUUCCAGGUGAGGACCCGCAUCGACGUGGCCGGGAUGAAGGUGCGGGAGCUGACCGAUGCGGAGUUCCCCCACUCCUUCUUGGUGUCUGGGAAGCAGCGCACCUUGGAGCUACAAGCGCGGUCCCAGGAGGAAAUGAUUUCCUGGAUGCAGGUGGCCCGAGGGUCCCAGGGAGAGGCCAGAAGGGGGUCACGGAGUGCCCACCCUACUGCCCAACAGCUGCAGUCUGAGGAGCUGGGCCUCCGGGCGCCACAGUGGGUCCGGGACAAGAUGGUGACCAUGUGCAUGCGCUGCAAGGAGCCCUUCAACGCCCUGACGCGCCGCCGCCACCACUGCCGAGCCUGCGGCUACGUGGUGUGUGCCAAGUGCUCCGACUACCGGGCUGAGCUCAAAUACGAUGACAACAGGCCCAACAGAGUCUGCUUCCACUGCUACACCUUCCUCACCGGCAGCGUGCUCCCCGAGGACAAGGAGGACAGGAGGCGGGGCAUCCUGGAGAAAGGGUCUGCGGCAGGGUCGGAGCAGAGCCUAAUGUGCAGCUUCCUGCAGCUGGUCGGGGACAAGUGGGGCAAGAGCGGCCCCCGGGGUUGGUGCGUGAUCCCCCAGGAUGACCCCCUCGUCCUCUACAUCUACGCUGCCCCUCAGGACAUGCGGGCUCACACCUCCAUCCCGCUGCUGGGCUACCAGGUGACUGCUGGGACCCAGGCAGACCCCCGGCUCUUCCAGCUGCAACAGUCAGGCCAGCUCUACACUUUCAAGGCUGAAACCGAGGAGCUGAGGGACCGCUGGGUGAAGGCCGUGGAGCGGGCGGCCAGCGGCUGGAGCCCCGGGAGGCCCGAUGAUGGGGACCUGUCUGACUGACCCACAGCUGGCCACUCUCCCCUUCAGAGUCCGGCUCCCGGCACGGGCUGACCCUGCGACCUCUGUCAUCCACGGUUCCAAGCUGAUCUUUCAAAUAGCUGAUUUCCAGGGGCGCCUGGCUGGCUCAGUCUGUAGAGCAUGCGACCCUCGAUCUCGGGGGUG